UGUUUGCAGUCGCUUUCUGUUGUAUUCAGUUGCAGAUGUGGAACAGAUUUAGUAUUCGUAUCAAAUCCGUGGGUGAAUUUGGUGCCAUGCGCUCCGGACAGGAAUCAAGGAACAGGUUCUGUUCAUCCUAACACACGGCAAGAAUGGCCGCGUCAGGGACUGAAAUUGAAGACUUCUUGAACGGGCCUCUUGUAUCGUGGGUAAAAUCAUGUCUCCCAAAUCCAGACUGCAUAUCAGAGUAUUCCUCUCUCUUCAGUGGCGACAUCCUGCAUCAGGUGUACCUCCAGAUAGACCCAGAGCCUUCCUGUCAUAUCACCAAACUUGCUGGGCUGGAGGAUCAGGCACUUAUCUUGGGCAGGGUUAAAAACUUUGAUGCGAUCAUAAAAAAUGUAAAAGGGUUAUAUGAGGAGGAACUGGGAAUGACCCUGCUAGUAGUUCCAGAAUGCAUAUGCUUGGGAAAAGCUCCUGAGUCCAGAGAUGGCCUGGAAAAUAUGAAGUUACUGGUCUUAUUGCUACUCGGCGCUGCUGUACAGUGUCCCAACAAAGAGCUGUUUAUCACUCGAAUCAAAGAGCUAGACGUAGAACUGCAACAUAGCAUUGUAGAGUGUAUUAAACAGGUAACCGAUAUGCAAACCGUGGUUUUGACACCAGAUGCCAUAGAUCUCUUUCAAUCUCCGACGUUGUUCAACCACAUGCGUAGACUGGCCAAAGAACGAGAUCAUUAUCUCCAAAACUGGGCUUCCAUAGUUCUAAAUGAAGGUCUAUGCGAGAACGAAAAUGAAAACAAAAAUGGGAAAAGCCGGUCGACCCAAAAUGUCAAUCAAAUUAAUGGGGACAGUCAACAUCUCGCGGUAGAAUUGGCCGAUUGGAAGGCACGAUUACGAAAACAACGGCAAGAAUUAGAAGAAAAGUCUGAACAAUUAUCAGAAUGUCGCGAAGAAUUUGAACAUACGAAAUUAGUACUUGCCAAAUUGAGGACUGACAGUCAAGAAUGGUUCAAUGAAGCUAGAAAAGCUGCAGGAUAUAGGGACGAAGUUGAUGCUCUUAGAGAAAAGGCAGAACGAUGCGACAGAUUAGAGCAAGAAAUUCAACGUUAUCGUGAUCGUCUUGCUGAUGCGGAAUAUUACAAAACUCGGGUAACAGAGUUACGGGAGGAUAAUAAGGCUCUUAUGGAAACAAGAGAUGCUUUGGAGGAGCAAUUGCAAAGGGCAAGAAAACGUGCAGAACAAUGCCUAUCCUUAGAGGCUGCCAUGAUUAAACUUAAGAGAGAAGCCAACGACAUUGCUUUGGAAAGGGAUGCUGAUCAACGAAAAAUACAAGAAUUGAUUGAAGAAAAUAACCAUCUUCAAUAUAUAACUAAAUCUGUAUUGAGUGAAAGCAAUAACAGCAAUUUGGAUUCAGAUAAUGAGGGUGAGAGUACUUUGGAAUCUGGUGAAAAUAGCUUAUCGGAGCAACUGACGAGCAACGCGCAAGCUAGGGCUUUGAAACUCGAAUUAGAAAACAAGAGACUUCUUUCGACAAUUGAUAGUUUAAGAGAGCAAUCUUUAUUAGAAAGCAGUGAUAAGAUUUUAGAAUUAGAAAAAGAAAAAAAGAGAUUAACAUUGAAAUGCGAACAAUUACAGGAAAAUUGUAAUAGGGUCAUGCAGCAGAACUCGGAACUGGAAGAAGUAUUUAAGAAUGCUUUGGAAGAAAAUAGAAAACUACAAGACUCGCUCGAUAGUCAGAAAUCUUUUAUCGACAGACAAGCUAUCGAUAGAGAUUCUGAAAAGAAUAAAUUGCAAGAUUUCGAAAAGCACUUAGAGUCGCUUACCAAAGACAAGCAACGAAUUCAAAUGUUGUGUGAUUCCAUACAAAGAAGAGCUGACGAUUUAGAAAAGACAUUAGAUGCUAGAACAAAAGAACUGAACCUUCUCAAGCCAGAGGCUGAUAAAGUAACUGGCCUUAUUAUACAAACUGAAGAGCUCAAAACAAAAUUAACGUACAGCGAAAAAGAAUCGCACAACUUACAACGAGAAGUAGGCAAACUAAGAGAAGCAGUUGAAGAAAAAGACGUCUUAUUGGAUAAAAUUACAACUGAGAUUGAGUUAAAAAAAAAAGAAAUCGAAAGAUUGAGCAGAGAGUUAGAUAUUAGUCAAAAUACAAUAAGCAAAUUACAAGAUUUCGAACAGAAAUCCCAAGAGCUUAAAUCACAAAAGAAAGUGGAUUCUGAAACUAUACAAACAUUGCAAAAGGACUUGAUUUCAGAAAAAGUAAAUUUUGACAAACUGAGGAAUUGCAUGGACAAGCUCGGUAUCAAUGCUUCUGAAGUGAUAAGCAAAGAUAUCAGUGUGGACGAUUUAUUAGAAAAAAUUAUGACUAACGCAGAUCAUGAAGGCAUAAUAACAGAAAUUGCAGCUAAAGCUAAUUUAACAACAAAGCUAGUGCCUUGUGAAUGUAAUCAUAAAGAAGUGAAUGUUGAACAAAGUGCAAUAAAUCCCCAAAUCGAACAGUUAACCUCUGACCUCGCAGCAUUGCAAGUUUCACUAGAAUCCGCACAAGCUGAAAAUGCAAAAUUACAAGUAAAUAUCGCAACCCUUAAUUCUCAAAAUGGUUCUUUAAUAUCACAACAAAUGACUUUACAGCUGGCUAAUAGUCAACUUGCAGCCGAAAAAGAAGAAAUUAUUAAGCAAUUGGAAGUUCUGAAGGCUAAACAAGAUGAACUUAUAAGAGAUCAAGUAGCUUUACAGACACUACAUGAGCAGUUGAAUACUGAAUACGAAAUGUUGCUCAGUGAACGAGAGCCAGUGAAAACUACAGUGCGAGACCUGAAGAAUGAAAACCGAGAGUUAAAGGAAAAAUUAGCGUCUUUUGAAAAGAAAGUCGCAGAUUUUGAAUUAGAACGGGAGAAUUUAAAAAUCGAGUCUCGCAAUCUAACUAAUCUUAGAGCUGAACAUUCUAAACUCAAAGACGAUUUCAGAAACCUAUUCACUGCCAGUGACAGGUUAAAAAAUGAGUACCGAAAUAUGCAAGAAGAAUACCGUAAUCUAAGAAGCGAAGUAACUCAACUGAAACUCCGAAACACCGAGUUGUCAGGUGAUAUAAAUACAAAAGUUGAAAUUAUCACAAGUAUGGAGUUGGAAAUAAACAAAACAAACCAACACUGUGAAAUGUUGGUGCAAAUGAACAAAAGCCUAGACGCAGAUAGACGUUCCCUUAUGGAUCAUGUCUCGCAACUUCUGACUCAAUACCACGAGUUGUUAGCACAUUCGCUAAAAGAUAAGCAACACUAUCAUGAAGAAGAGAAAAUGUUUACCGAUAAAGUAAAUGCACUAUGUCGUCAAAAGGAAAAACUCGAAGAGAAAAUUAUGGAACAUUAUAAAAAAUUAGACAACUGUACAACAAAAAGAAAAGGAUUUGGUGCUUCAUUUGUCAAAAGGGUCCGUAAGGCAGGUACUGACUUGAUUAAUAAAGUUCCGUCAAGAAAUAAUAAGAGAAUUGAGGAUGCUAGUCGCUCCAAGUCGCAAUUAACUCUCGCUGGGUCCGAAUCUGGUGAAUCAGAUCCAGGCAGCCAAGAUGUAGAAAAAGGCUCUAAAACCUCCGAUCCCGAUCAAGGUUCUUCAAAUCUGAGCGUAGAAUCGCCAAGACAUAGUUCGGAUUCGAAUUUUAGCAGGCGGUUUGAUGAUAAGCUAAUGAAGAAAUCUGAAAACCAUGAUGUUACUGGAUCUAUCCCAAGUUUGGAUUCGUCUAGAUUAGCAAGUGAAAGUAAUUUUGUUAGACGAUUGUCUACGACGUCGAUGCACAGCGGCGGAGGAGACGACGCUCUUAUUAGAGCAUCCCUUCGAAGACGUCCUCAUAAAACUGUCCCAUCAUCACAUAGGAACAGUUACCAAGGUUUGGAAACUGACACUGGAUUACCUGCAGCUUCUACACCUUCUCCAGUGUUUGGUACUGCUGGUUCUCGGCGGACUGUCUAUGUAGCAGAUGAUAAUACUGAAGUAAACCUUAACACAAAACCGCAGAGCACCCCAAUCAAAGAGAAUCCGACAUAUUUGGUGUACAAUAGAAUAUCAACGGUGAUUGGUGACGGUGCUUGCCAAAGUAUUGAUAGGCCGACUGACAGGUCUACCUCUGAACCACAACCUAAUGCUGAGGAUAGAUUACAGGAAAGAGACCUAUCUCGAACAGACCGACGUUCCAGAACCGAUAAACCAGAAAAUUCCAAGGAAUCUGCUAUCUGGUAUGAAUAUGGUUGUGUAUAAAUUUCAUACUAUGAAGCAGUUCAAGGGGUACAAGAUUUCCAUUGAGUGAUGAAAGGAUGCCUUGAUUUUCAAAUUAUUCUCAAAUGAUAAAGUCUUGUGUCGAUACAUUUUUAUUUUGAGACGAUUUUAUUUUACUAAUGUAACUUAGAGAUGAUAUUGGAUUUAUAUUUAAUGUUUAUUACUAUUGGCAAUGAUUGAUUGUUGAGUUACAUUGGGAGAAUUGUACUUAGAUUAAUAACAGUAUUAAUUUUGGCAUUUAAUUUUAAUUCUUUGCAUGGAAAACCUAAAUCUUUGCAAUCGAAAAUUCUUUGAAGCUUUAACAGUUUUAUAUCCAUAAAAUGAGACGUUCUCUAUAUUUUGAGGCUACAGCUCUUUAUUUACGUAUUUGUUAAAAGGAAAUGUUUGUACCAAGUGGUUGUGUCCUCAGAAUUGUUUGAUAUUUGAUGGUAGUUUUGGAAUUACAUUUUUGUAAUAAUUAAAUGAUUGAUUGGUACAUUUCCUUGCCAGUGAUUCUGUGACAGCUACUUUAGUUUUUAAGUCUAUACACCAUUUAAUAUUAUGAAUUUCUAUACUUUAAGUAUAAAGCAUAAUGUUCAUGUACAAUAGUUUCAUUAUUAUUUACUUGUGUGACAAUAGAAAAUAUUUUAUUUCUUAAACGGACGUGAUAAUAAGUUUUGAAUUUAAUGCGAUAUUUCAUAAUAAUAGGCAAUGAAAUAUGUUAUACAAAUUGUUGGUCUAGGAUAUCCAACUUUUCAAUUUUAGUAACAGUACAAAUA